AUAAGAGUGGAUUAUUCGCCGGAACGUUCUCAGUGAGAGAGGGAGGGAGGCCUUUUGCUUGUCACAUUUGCUUCUGAAAAAGCGAUUUCCCUUUUGCUUCUGCAACUGUUUUCUUCUCCAAUUUCUCUCUAUAAACUUCUGCUCUCUCUCUCUCUCUCUCUAUCUAUAUAUAUACUUGUUUUCCUUCACUCCAAGGGAAACAUGUUACCGAUUGUUAACGGCAUGGUGUGGAUGGAAGAUAGAGGAGAUGAAGAAACACCUUCAUGGGCUGCUCAAAACAACAACAAUGGCUGUAUUGUAGACAAGAAAGACGAACUGGGUUCACUCUCUACAUUUAAAUCAAUGCUUGGAGUUGAAGACGAAGACUGGUAUGUAAACACCAACAACAACAACACUAUCCUCACUUUCCCAUCAAAUUUCACCGAAUCUGAUAACAAUUUGCUGUUACAAUCGGUAGGUUCGUCUUCGUCUUGUUCACCAUCUUCAGCUUCAGUUUUCACCAAUCUCGACCCAUCUCAGGAACAAUUUUUUCUCCCUUCAAAACCCUCCAUUUCUUCCGUCCUCAAUCCCAUCUCCAACAACCCAUUAGACCACAGCUUCGAUCUGGGUUGCGAAACUGGGUUUCUCCAGACCCAUUCGUUGACUUCUCUGAACAGGGGAGGUGGGAUUUUGACUGGAUUCACUGAUUUAACCUCACAAUCCCUGAUGGGUACUCACAAUUUGGCCUUAGAUCCUCAAUUUUCAAAUACCCAUUCGCUUCAAUUGACCGGUUCGACAUCGUUUCGGGGUUUUCAGGAGGAGGGUUUUGGGAAUCCUUUGUUUCUAAAUAGGUCCAAAAUGUUGAAGCCACUUCAAAAUUUUACUUCAAUUGGUGCACAGCCAACUCUGUUCCAGAAAAGAGCUGCUCUGCGCAAGAAUUUGGCCAACAAUGGGACCAAUUUGGGGGUUUUGGGUACUGAAAGAGGUGGGAUAUCAAGCAAUGUACAAGGGUAUAGUGGGAAGAUGGAAGUGAGUGAAGUGAAUGAGAAGAAGAAGAGGAAGUACAGCAUUGGGGAAGAUGUUGAAGAUGUGAGCCUUGAUGGGUCUGGAUUGAAUUAUGACUCUGAUGAGUUUAUGGAGAACAAUAAGGUGGAAGAGAGUGGCAAAAAUGGUGGGAAUAGCUCGAAUGCGAAUAGUACUGUCACGGGCGGAGAUCAGAAAGGGAAGAAGAGAGGGCUUCCAGCUAAAAAUUUGAUGGCAGAGCGACGGCGGCGGAAGAAGCUCAAUGAUAGGCUUUACAUGCUGAGGUCUGUUGUUCCAAAAAUUAGCAAGAUGGAUAGGGCUUCAAUUCUUGGGGAUGCAAUUGAAUACUUAAAGGAACUUCUGCAAAAGAUCAAAGACCUUCACAAUGAACUGGAGUCAAACCCUCCUGGCUCUUCAUUGACACCUACCUCCACAAGCUUCUACCCUUUGACACCCACCCCACAUUCCCUGCCAUGCCACAUCAAGGAAGAGCUUUGCCCAAGUUCAUUGCCAAGCCCAAAUGGACUACCUGCAAGGGUAGAAGUAAGGUUAAGUGAAGGUAGAGCUGUUAAUAUCCACAUGUUUUGUAGCCGCAGACCAGGUCUCUUGCUCUCUACUAUGAGGGCUUUGGAGAACCUUGGGCUAGACAUUCAACAAGCUGUUAUCAGCUGCUUCAAUGGGUUUGCGAUGGAUAUCUUCCGAGCAGAGCAAUGCAGAGAAGGCCAAGAUGUCCAUCCUGACCAAAUCAAAGCGGUACUCUUGGAUUCAGCUGGCUUCAUGAUGUAGGUUUCUUCUUCAAUCGAAUCAGAGUUGAAGCCGCAUGGCUUAUGGAUUGUUCUGUUUCUCCGAAGAAUUGGUUAUGCAGUUGUUGUAUGCUCUUUCUCAUGCCUAUAGAUCUUAUCAUGCAACUAGCAAACUCAAAUUAGCUCUGGGGAAGAUUGACUAAUAUCGACACCUGUUAAAGCAUUAGAAAACCUGUACUAGCUUUUUCAGCUUUGAAAUAUGUCUCUUCUUGAAUUACUAUCUAUCUAUGUUUCAAUUUAGGCUUAAACUGCAACAGUGCAUUUUCAUUUAUGUAGAUGCAUUUUCUUGGGACUUGCAAUUGAUUGCACUCUAUUCUCUGUUCAUCAAUACAAUGAUCGGGAAGUAACUUCCUUUUAGAUUUAA